AUGUUGGACCAAAUGGCGAACGAAAUCAAGCUCAUCUCAGGGAGCUCCCACGUGGAGCUCAGUAACAGGGUCGCUAGUCGACUUGGUAUUGAGAUCGCAAACACAAUGUCACUGAACUACUCCAACCGAGAGACCAGUGUUUCUAUUGGAGAGUCUGUUCGUGAUGAGGAUGUUUUUAUCCUUCAGUCUACUGCUCCUGGAGAUGUCAACGACGGCUUGAUGGAGCUCCUCAUCAUGAUUCACGCUUGUCGAACCGCCUCUGCCAGACGGAUCACUGCUGUGAUUCCUAGCUUUCCCUAUGCGCGUCAGGACAAGAAGGACAAGUCACGAGCUCCUAUCAGCGCCAAGUUGAUUGCAAACAUGCUUCAAGUCUCUGGAUGUAACCAUGUUAUCACCAUGGACCUCCAUGCGUCUCAGAUUCAGGGUUUCUUCAAUGUUCCCGUGGACAAUCUGUACGCAGAGCCCUCAGUCCUUCGUUGGAUCCAGGAGAACCUCAACGUUGAGAACUGUGUCAUCGUUUCACCCGAUGCCGGAGGAGCCAAGCGUGCAACCUCUCUUGCUGACCGCCUGAACACCGGUUUCGCUCUUAUCCACAAGGAGCGUCCCCGCCCUAACGUCGUCGGCCGCAUGGUGCUUGUUGGUGAUGUUCAGGACAAGGUCGCCAUUCUUGUUGACGACAUGGCAGACACAUGUGGCACUCUUGCCAAGGCCGCCGAAACCGUCAACCAGCACGGUGCCAGCGAAGUGUAUGCCAUUGUUACCCAUGGCAUUCUAAGUGGCAAGGCCAUUGACACAAUCAACAACUCUUGUCUAUCUGGCCUUGUUGUUACCAACACUGUUCCUCUGGGUGAUAAGAUUGAGCGUUGCCCUAAGCUCAAGGUCAUCGAUGUGUCUGGAACUCUCGCUGAGGCUAUCCGACGUACUCAUAACGGAGAGUCCGUUUCCUACCUUUUCAACAACGUCCCAGUUUAA